UACGCUCCGCUCCAGAGACUACACAACCUCUCUGUGGGGAGAGAGCCGAGCUACCGCCGCAUGCGCCGCACACUGUCUACCGCACACUGUCUACCGCACACAGUCUACCGCACACAGUCUACUGCUCUGAAUUUAUACAGGACAGAGACGUGAGAGAGACGGAGUGAGAGACAGGGAGGUGUAGACAGAGACACUGAGGAGGGGAAUAGGAUUACAGAAGGCGUGUUGUUGGCUGGCUCGGAGAGGCAGAUAAUCUAGGCUUGGCAGUGGGCUUGGAUUGGUUCAUCUCUGUCUUUCUUCCCCCCUCUCUCUCUCUCUCUCUCUCUCUCUCUCUCUCUCUCUCUCUGUCUGUCUGUCUGUCUGAGGGCAGCAGUCGUCGUCGUUGGUUCCUCUGGGGUCUGCCAUGGUUGUCUGGAGAGCCGACGGUGGUUGGGGUGCGGCGAGAGGAUCAUGAAUUUGGAUGGGGAGUUUUGAAGAGUUUCUGCUGAGAAAGCCCUACUAUUACACUCAGAGAAGGAGGCGUGGCUUUGAACCCGAGGUGGUGCCACACCCAACCCAGCUGAUUCCAGAUGGAAGUGGAUGCGGUUGAGAAGCGCCAUCGAACGCGUUCCAAAGGGGUCCGAGUUCCAGUGGAGACGGCAGCACAGGAAUUAUUCAGCUGUCCUACUCCAGGCUGUGAUGGAAGUGGACAUGUCAGCGGCAAAUACGCCAGACACCGAAGUGUCUAUGGUUGCCCCCUGGCCAAAAAGAGGAAGACCCAGGAGAAACAGCCUCUGGAGCCUGCCCCCAAGAGGAGGCCCUUCUUAACCCCUCCCGACCCAGAGGAGGACACUGUUGCCAUCUUUCCCUGCUAUGAACCUGAACCCAUGGAUGAGAGGGAGGAGAAGGAGCAGGGGGAGUUAGAGGGGGAGAUCCAGGAGGAAGGGGAAGAGGAUGAAGGUGAGGGAGAGGAAGAGGGAGAAGAGAUGGAGGAGGAGGAAGGAUUUUCGGAAGAUAACGAGGAGCAAGGUGAUGAGGAAGGGGACGAGGAGGAAGAGGAGGAACAGGUGGAGAGGGGGAGAGCGGUAGUAGGGCCAGUAGAGGUAGAACAGGUGGAGGAUGGGAUAGAGGAAGACGAGGAAGCAGAGGAUGGGGAUGAUGAAGAGCAAGAAGAAGAGGAGGAGCAAGAGGAGGAGGAGGAUGAGGGUGAUGAAGAUGAACAUGAGGAAGAAGAGGAGGAAGAAGUGCACCAUGAGCCAGUAAGGGCUGAAAGGUCUAUCCUUCCUUUCAUGACCACAGGGAACCGCUACAAAAAUAGUGGACAAUCAAGGCAUCACUCGAUGGGACAGAAGGACAACAACAACAACAACAGCGGCCCCGGUCCAAACAUCGGCCCUAACGGGGAAGAGUAUGAAAACUACGAUGAGCUGGUGGCCAAGUCCCUUCUCAACCUGGGGAAGAUAGCAGAGGACGCUGCCUACCAGGCCAUGACCGAGUCGGAGAUGAACAGCAACUCCUCCAACAGUGCCGGCGAGGACGAUGAUGAUGAUGAGGAAGAGAGUAGCGAGCGCGGUGGGAGCAGGAAGGGCGAGUUGAGCGUGGACCUGGACAGUGACGUGGUCAGGGAGACAGUGGAUUCACUCAAGCUGUUGGCGCAGGGCCACGGUGCCAUGCUGCCUGAAGACGGCUGCCUUGAAGGGGUGGAUGACGGCGAGCAUCCCAACGGGCGGUCCCACCAUCAUGGGGUCAGGGGUCAGGCUGAGGAGAGCGAAGAGGAGGUGUGUCUCAACAGCCUGGAGUGUCUGAGGAACCAGUGCUUUGACCUGGCCCGCAAGCUAAACGAGACGUCUCCAUCUGACCGCCCUGGACACCCGGGCCUGCACCACUACCAGACACAUCAGAACCACCACCCUCACCAGCCCCACCACCACCUACUGCACCAAACCGACCACCAGCACCAUCAGGCUCAGCACCAGCCUCAGGACCACCACCACUUGCCCAGGUACGAGAGCUGCCAGCAGGGCCAGCAGCCAGACGAGCGUGGGUCCCUGGAGCGCAACUACUCAGACAUGGUCAACCUGAUGAAGCUGGAGGAGCAGCUGAGCCCGGCCUCAAGGACGGGCUACUCGGCCAGCUGCCACCAGGACGGGGAUGAGGACACCACAUCGGUGGCCUCGGAUCGCUCGGAAGAGGCCUUCGACAUGACAAAAGGCAACCUGUCACUGCUGGAGAAGGCCAUUGCUAUGGAGUCGGAGCGAGCCAAGGUCAUGAGGGACCGCAUGGCCUUGGAGGGACAUCAUGCGGUGGUCCGGAGGGACAAUCAUAAUCACCACCAUCGUGGCGAGCACAGCCCCCGACAGAGCAGCGGGGCUGAGGAGCGCAAGUCCAGAAUGCACCACGACGGGUCAAAGAGAGCAUACUACCCUAAAGAUUCCUCAAGGGGGGACAAGAAGGAGAGUAAGUGUCCAACCCCGGGCUGUGAUGGGACAGGCCACGUCACAGGUCUCUACCCCCACCACAGGAGCCUGUCAGGCUGCCCCCACAAGGACAGGGUGCCACCAGAAAUUCUUGCAAUGUAUGAAAAUGUUCUAAAGUGCCCUACUCCUGGCUGCUCGGGGCGUGGCCAUGUCAAUAGCAACAGGAACUCCCACCGCAGUCUCUCGGGGUGCCCCAUCGCCGCUGCAGAGAAGAUGGUUAAAGUCCAGGAGAAGCACAUCCCAUGUGACGGGGGCCCCAAGUCCAGCCAGGCUUCAGAUCGUGUGCUGAGGCCAAUGUGCUUUGUGAAACAGCUGGAGAUCCCACAGUACGGUUACAAAAAUAACGUGUCCACCAGCACGCCGCGCUCCAACCUGGCCAAGGAGCUGGAGAAGUACUCCAAGACCAGCUUCGACUACGGCCAAGGCUACGACAGCCAGCACCACGUCUACAGCAGGGGGAAGACAGGCCUGGCCCCCAAGGCCCACGGACGGGACACGGACACCUCACCCAAGGGAUAUGAUGCCAAGCACUACUGUAAGAGCCCAGCCAGCAGCACGACUAGCAGCUAUGCUCCCAGCAGCACGACAAGCAGAUACGCUCCCAGCAGCACGACGAGCAGAUACGCUCCCAGCAGCAGCAGUCUGAGCUGCGGAGGGGGAGGAGGAGGGGGCGGCAGCAGCGCCAGCAGCACCUGCAGUAAGAGCAGCUUUGACUACACACAGGAUACAGAGGCUGCUCACAUGGCCGCCACGGCCAUCCUCAACCUGUCCACGCGCUGCAGGGAGAUGCCCCACGGCCUGGGAGGCAAGCCCCAGGAUCUCCUCUCCCAGAGUCCUGAUGGUGACAUGGAUGACAGCAGUACUCUUGACCUGAGUGUGAGCCGGGGGCAGCCGGGGGGUCCGGAGGGGAGUGGCACGGUGCUGACCCCCCUGCAGCCCAUGUCCACCCAGCGCCAGGCCCUGCUCAACAGCAGCCGCUGCUACCAGAUGAGUGAGGCUGACUGCUGGGACCUGCCCGUGGACUACACCAAGAUCAAGCGCAUCACCGACGACGAUCACAAAGAGUCUUCUUUUCUUUCAUCCCUCCACCAGGAGGAGGACCUGGACCCGUUCCAGGACCUUCUAGACGAGCAUCACUAUGGAGGGGACGUGACCAUGCCCAGCCCAAAACACAAGUACGCCCCCUGCAAGGAGGGUAAGGAGGAGCUCAUCACUCUCUCCAGCUACCAGCUAGCUGACAAAAGCAUCUGCAGUAUGAUGAUGACCAAUGCGCAAGACCUCAAGUGUCCCACUCCAGGAUGUGACGGGUCUGGACACAUCACUGGGAACUACGCCUCGCACAGGAGACCUUUCCCCUCUAGUCUGUCAGGCUGUCCACGGGCCAAGAAGAGCGGGAUCAAGAUACUGCACAGCAAGGAGGACAAGGACGACCAGGAGCCAAUCAGGUGUCCCGUCCCAGGCUGCGACGGACAGGGUCAUGUGACGGGAAAGUAUGCGUCCCACCGCAGUGCGUCAGGCUGCCCCCUGGCGGCCAAACGGCAGAAGGACGGCUACGUUAACGGCUCCCAGUUUGCCUGGAAGUCCGGGAAGACAGAUGGCAUGUCGUGCCCAACUCCGGGCUGCGAUGGAUCGGGACAUGUCAGUGGGAGCUUCCUGACACAUCGGAGUCUCUCCGGCUGUCCCCGUGCCACCUCAGCCAUGAAGAAAGCCAGAAUGACAGGAGUUGAAAUGUUGACAAUCAAGCAACGGGCAAGCAAAGGAAUAGAAAAAGAUGAGGAAAUCAAACAGCUGGAUGAAGAAAUCAAAGAUCUAAACGAAUCAAACAAUCAAGUAGAAUCGGACAUGAUUAAACUUAGGACACAAAUCACCACUAUGGAGACUAACCUGAAGUCCAUAGAGGACGAGAACAAAGUGAUUGAGCAGCAGAAUGACUCCCUACUGCACGAGCUAGCCAACCUCAGCCACUCUCUCAUCAACAGCUUAGCUAAUAUCCAGCUCCCACAUAUGAAACCGAUGCCACAGAAAGAGGCCCCAGUUAAACAUAGCUGCUGUUUACAGAUGCCCCACAGAGAGCCAAUGAAUGAACAAAACUUUGACACUUAUGUGAGUACUUUGACAGACAUGUACACCCAUCAGGACCAAUACCAGAGUCCAGAGAACAAGGAACUAUUGGAGAACAUCAAACAAGCGGUGCAAGGCAUCCAAGUGUAGUAGCCUAUCUUCUGGCCAAAAGGCCCAGUCUGAGGCCAAAUCAAAUGAUGUUAAAGCAACAAAUAAAAGUCAAAAGAGAAUGGAUUAUGAUUGUUGCUGCUGUUAUUUACCGUAGUAUUUCUUUUAUUCAUUAUGCUGUAAUGCUCUGAGCUCCAUUGUAAUGGGUUUUCUGCCUUGCUUUAAAAAUAGUUCCCAAUGGCAAAAGUUUCAAAGAACAUUCACGUUUUGUACAUUUUCAUAUGACCUAAUAUAAUGUGAUGUACUGUUUAUAGCUGCUAAUGUAUGCACAUUUUAGUGUAUAUGUAUUUAUUAAUUGUAAGCUUGUAUCAUUCAUUAUUUUAACGAUAUUGAUAAAAAGGACAAAACUGAGUGCCACGGGUAGGGAGCCAGAUGAGGGCAAUGUGAGGACCAAUCAGAACUGAGUGCCAUGGGUAGGGAGCCAGAUGAGGGCAAUGUGAAGACCAAUCAGAACUGAGUGCCACGGGUGGGGAGCCAGAUGAGGACAAUGUGAGGACCAAUCAUUUUUAGAUAAGCUUUUCUCUAAGUAUGUCAUAGAAAACAAAAAUGACCUUUGGUGUGAAGAUUGUUUAAUGGAUGUAAAUGUAUUGAUUUUUGUAACAAUGUUUGAAAAACUCUUUGUCUUCAGUGGUCUGUGUGAACACUAAUAAUAAUGUCUGUGUUUAAAUCAAGUUUAAGAAGAAACCAUGUAUAAAUAUGACACAUUUUAAACAUCAUGACACGGAAACUGCUAACUGGUCCAACUCCCAUAACCUAGAAUGACUAUACUUCAUUUAGUUGGAAAUAAAACGUUUUAGUAAUCUGUGUUGUUAAAAACACACAGUUAGAUGUCUAACUCCCAUAACCUAGAAUGACUAUACUUCAUUUAGUUGGAAAUAAAACGUCUUAGUAAUCUGUAUUGUUAAAAACACACAGUUAGAUGUCCAACUCCCAUAACCUAGAAUGACUAUACUUCAUUUAGUUAGAAAUAAAACGUCUUAGUAAUCUGUAUUGUUAAAAACACAGAGCGAGAUGUCCAACGACCAAUGGCUAUGGAAAAUAUAAAGGAGACAAUCUAGCAUUACUAAUUUAUUUGAAUUCUAUUGAAUACUUAGUAGGACCACUUAUCAGCAAUAUUGGUUUAACAAUGAUUACAUCACUUGUUUAGAUAUGGGAUGCAAUCGAUAUAGAAAAAGUUUGGGUAUAUGCAAUUUCUUAUAAAUGAAAUUAUAGCUGAUAAAACUCUUUUUACUAACAAUGUAAAUGUAUUAAGUUUUGUAUAAAUCUUUUAAUACAAUCAUGUUUUAGAAAUUCAACAUGGGGAGAUCAGUUCCAAAAUGAACGAUGGAUGAGUUAAUGAGUUUCGUUCUUUUCAUGUUACAUUUUGCACAGGGACACCUUUGUUUCCAUGUUUUGAUGUUUUGAUUGAAACUUAAAGAGGUACUUGAAAGCUCAAAUCGAUGGUCAGAGGUUUUGUAGAAAAGUUAUCUUUACAACGGCUGAUUGAUGCGCUCGACUUACAGGGUCAACGUCCUUCAUUAAUCAUAGUAUAUUAUUGCACUUGUUCAGUUGAAAUGUCUUUGCGAUCAUGCAUCUAUGUGUCUGAGCCACAACACAUUACAUGAGACAAAGACUGCUCUUUGAUUCAGUCCUAAAAGUGAAUAUAUUGGUAAAAAAAACAUGUUAUUGAUAUCCAUUAUAACAGCAAAGAAUGCUAACCAACAACAGUGACAUUGGUAAUAGUGGUCCAUGAUUGUUUCUAUGAUUGAUGACAAUUUCAUGAGAAAAUUGCAAUCACUUUCUAGGAGACAACCUUAAUACAUGUAUUCAUAGUACUUAAAGGCCCAAUGCAGUCAAAAACAUGAUUUUUCUGUGUUUCAUAUAUUUCCGCACAAUGAGUUUGGAAUAAUACUGUGAAAUUGUGAAAAUUAUGAUAAUGCCCUUUUCGUGUAAGAGCUGUUUUAAAAGACUGCCUGAAAUGUCUGCCUGUUUUGGUGGGAUGGGAGUUUUGGCUGUAAAUUAGUUAAAAGACUAAUAAGAAAGCGAGUUCCAAAUCUCUCUGCCAAUAACAGCUAGUUUUCAGUUUUCCCUUCCCCACUCGGAUCACUCCCAGACAGUCCAAGAAAAAUGAUUGCUUGAGAAAUUGCUCUUUGCUGAGAAGCUAUUUUUGUUUAUUUUUGACCAUUUUAAUUGAAAACAAUCACAGUAACCUACUUGUUUCCCAGAAAGGAUUUGAUAUUGAUAUUAAAAACAGCUGAACUGGACCUUUAAAAACACCAUUAUAAUGCAAUGUAAGUGUCAAUGUCAGCCCCCUAUAAUGCCGUUAUCUUUUAAACAUCAACCAACUGCAGUAAUCUACCCUUACAUAGUAUGUACUUAUUACUAAUUCAAUUUCCUCUACACAUUGGCAUAACCAUGUGACUUGCACUUGCUGAAGAUGACUCUACUAAUGGAUUAUAAAUGUGUUCUUAAUACAGUUUAUCGUGCAUGCACUUCAUGCGAGUAUGAAUAUGGGUAAAUAGAGAGAAUGAUUCACGUAAGAGAUAUGUGGAAGUAAGUUUGUGUGUGGAGUCAAUGAGACAGAGCUCCGUGAGUCAAGUUCACUUCAGACAACCCUUUUUGAUAGUCAACCUGAGGGUGCUAUUGUCAUUGACCUGAUCUCACAGGUGGAAUGUGGAUUUCUACUAGACUAGAGGUCCACAUUCCAUAUGACUCCUCAUGUCCGUGUCUAAAGCUUUGUGUCAGCAGCUUAUUGCCAAUAUAGCAAAGCUUUAGACAGAUCGACAGCUUCUACUAUUUUUCUUUAGUCAAUUAUUCUUACUGAUACAAAGGAAAUGGAAAUUUAAGCACAAAUCUGCUGCUCACCAACAGUCAGUUCAUAUUGUAAUAUCAAAUGUUAAAGUUUAUCUGUAAUUAUUUACAUACAGAACACUAACAUGUCACAUGCUAGAAUGCAGAAUAAUUUUCGUAUGAAUAUUUGGGAAUUUGUGAAUUUAUUAAACUGCUACAAUUAUCAUUUCUUUUGAGUAAUGCUUUGAUGAAAAUGAUUUUAUACUAAAUGUAUUUCCUUCUCUCCUUUCCCCUCUUGCAAACUUUCCAACUUCAUUUUGGUACCACAUGGCAUGAUUUUUGUUGAUCUAUAAUUUUUGUUGUAAAUGUUUAAAAUCACAAGUUGCUAUGAUAUUUCAUUUGAAAUUGUGACGUUUGUACGAUUUUUAUCAUGCUGGUGUUAACAUCUCUUACUCUGAAUAAAACGUGUGUUGCAACACUAA